GCAGGAGGGAACAGGCUGUCCUGCUCCAUAAAGCUCAUUUAGCACUGUGUUUUCUGCUCUCCACCAGCGCCAGCACUUCGUCUGAUCUCCUCAUAGGUGACAUACAAUGAACGAUAUCUAUAAAGCAGCGGUAGAGCAGCUCACCGAUGAGCAGAAGAAUGAGUUCCGCGCAGCGUUUGAUAUUUUCAUUCAGGAUGCUGAGGAUGGAUGCAUUAGCACUAAGGAGCUCGGGAAGGUGAUGAGGAUGCUGGGUCAGAACCCCACACCGGAGGAGCUCCAGGAGAUGAUUGAUGAGGUGGAUGAGGAUGGCAGUGGUACGGUGGAUUUUGAGGAGUUUUUGGUCAUGAUGGUGAGAUGCAUGAAAGAUGAUAGCAAAGGAAAGUCAGAGGAAGAACUGGCAGAACUCUUCCGUAUGUUUGAUAAGAAUGCAGAUGGUUACAUUGAUCUUGAUGAACUGAAGUUGAUGCUGGAAGCUACAGGUGAAACCAUCACUGAAGAUGACAUCGAGGAGCUAAUGAGGGAUGGAGACAAAAACAAUGAUGGGAAAAUUGAUUAUGAUGAGUUCUUGGAGUUCAUGAAAGGGGUGGAAUAAAUAAUGAAGAAAUGUCUUCCUGGUGUUUCUCCCUGGAUUGUCUGUACACAAAAGCAGAGUAAAUAUUCAAGCUUGAUGAGAAAUAUCAACAGAGAGUCUAUGAUAUAUCUCAUUAUUGUACUUAUAAUUUUCAGCACAAUAUUUUCAGAAGAUUCAAUUAUUUUACACGUGUAAACACAGAAGUCAAGGCCAUUUUGUGUAGAUUUAAGACUUUGCUUGGGUUUAAUUUGUCUCUUUAUAUAUACAUUUAUUAAAAAUAUUUAGGAAAUUAGUCAUGGUUCCAUAAUGUAACAAAAUCACACCACACUGACCAGACUUGCCAUCUAAAUGUUAAUUUCAUUCUACCGCAGACUGUUUUAUACCUGGAAAGAAAUAACUAUUGCAAAGACAUUCCCAAAAUCCACAUCUGUCAAUCCAUUUUAGCAAAGUCUGAGUUUACAUUUGAGAGCCUGUGCUUAUUGUUUUCUAGCCUAUCUGUCAAACUCAACAAAACGCUACUGUCUACUUGUCUGUGAAAAUAGAAUAAAGCAUUUGAGAAUUUU